AUGAGUCAAGAAAAUUACACUGACACAACUGCAUUUGACCAAAUUAAGUCAGGUACAAAAAGAUCACAAGGAGACGAUAACCUCGAAAACAACGAAGCCCUAGGCGAAGACACAUACAUCGACGGAGACGAAGACGAUCCCAAGUCACCAAACUCCAAGGAUCCGGAAGGGUCUCCGGCCAAGAACCCGCUACCAUCGUCGCCACCACACAAGAAAACCAUGACGAACUCUACUACCCUUUCGAGAGACAUCGAAUCAGUUCAUGGACAUGAUGGGAAAGAUAUUGAACAAAUUAGAUCUGAUGAUGGAAGAUCAAAUGAACCGGAUAGCCAACAAUACAGCCAAACCAAGAGCAACCGCAAACUCCGCUCCGUGACUUCCUUGUGUCCAAACCUACCGGACAACCUGAAGAGAAAAAAAACAUCUAUAAAUGGUAUACCAAUAUCCCUACAUGAUAUGAAAAGUGCCCCUGAUUGUGAGAGACUACAGGUCUAA